CAACAACCUCUGUUUUGAAGUCAGUUUAGAAAUUGCACAGAGACAGUUUCAGUAAAUGAAUUCUCUCUUCCAGUAAGAUUCGGUGUCAGAAAAUUGCUUGCAGGUUCAUUUAAAUGUUGUGUGGAAAAAAUGUUAUAGCUGUAUGAUAUACGCAAUAUAACUAGAAUGUAACUACUACACUUAUCCUUUGUUGUAUACAGGUGGGACAAAACUUCAUUAUUUUGUUCAUGAGAUUAAUGGUGAUUUUUGUACACCAGACAUGCUUUCGUGAGAGAUGUAGCCCACAUGUCUGAAAAAGGGAAAGACUGUGGUUUAUUGACAUGCAUCUCAGACUAAGAUGUAAAAGUAGACGAAAUGUCAGAGAGGUUUAACGUUCAGCGUAAGAUGAGGGUCUUGCAUACUCGCUGUCUUACAUAGAUAAUACAGGAAGGAAAAAAGACAUCUGCCAGUUCGUCCUGCAUAAUUCCCUUUCAACUGAUUUUGCUCUUGUGGUUUAUCGGCUUAAACUAAUUUUGCUGACCUUUGGCAGCAGAGAUUUACUUCAUGAGUGUAUGUACCACGGAAGACUACCACCAUCAUUUUCAUAAAUUAUACUUUGAAGUGAUCGGCAAAGUUUCACUAUGACGAACUGCUCAACGAAAGAAGUGGACACUUUAACGAAGACUCUGGACUUGAUCAUUUACAUUCCCGUCUUGGUGUUCGGCUUGGCAUUAAACAUUGCAGCACUGGUGGUGUUCUGUCGGCUGCUCAGAAAAUGGACCGAGUCCUCCAUCUACAUGACCAACCUGGCUCUGAUGGACCUUCUGUUGCUGCUGCAGCUGCCCUUCAAAAUGCACGCAGCACACCACGAGUGGGCAGAAGACAAGAAAAUGCUUUGCUCCUUCCUGGAAAGUCUUUACUUUGUUGCUAUGUAUGGUAGCAUCUACACAAUUGUGUGCAUAGCCAUAGACCGAUAUAUCGCAAUAAACCACCCAUUUCGAGCCAAGCAGAUGCGUUCGAAGAAGAAUGCCUUGAUUGUUUGCAUUUCCAUCUGGGUGUUCGUUAUGGCAGCGACUUCACCCAUCUACACCUUCCGGGAAUGGAAGAGAACGGGGAAUAAUUUCCAAUGUUUCCAUGGCUUCUCUAAGAAGGGUUGGAGCACUGCAAUAAUUGUGUGCCUGGAGGUCUUUGGUUUCCUGUUACCUGCUGCAGUACUGGUGGUGUGCUCCAUUCAGAGCGUCCGUACUCUCAAAGCCUCAAAUAACGCUGACCACAAGGGGCAAGCUGGUGUGAGAAUCAUCUACAGCAGCCUAGCGGCCUUCCUAGUGCCCUUCACCCCCUGUCACGUGGCCAUAUUGCUGCAGUAUCUUGUCCGUAAUGAAAUCAUUUUAGACUGCAACCAGCAAAAGAACAUCGCCCUUUUUAUACAGGUGUCGAUAAACAUUGCAAACGUGACCUGCUGCUUGGAUGCACUGUGUUAUUAUUUCAUUGCAAAGGAAGUCCGAUCCACCAAGGAAACACUUAGACUGUCCAUCAGCAGAGCAAGAACCACCAGCUCCUCAGAUGUUUGAGAGGGCGAAUUAAGUUUAUUAGACUUUCACAAUGUGCGUUGAUGGCUUUCAAGUGGAAGCAAACUUGUGGUCACACUAUUGAAAUAUUAACAUUGAAAGUUGAGUGGCAACUUUGAAACACAGCUCCAAAAAAAAAAAAAAGGAAAAA